CACCGGCCGGAGCUGGAAGCUUGCGGAAGGGCGCGCCGCCAUGGUCUGGAGGGGCGGGAGGUCUCCAGAAGCUCUCCGCAUCCCUUCUUUUUCACUCACUCACCCCAGCCUCACGCGUUAGCCCUGAGCCGGAGCUGGGAGCCGGAGCUGGGAGCGUGGAGGUGCACGGAGUCCACCGCCACGCUGCCACCGAAGAGCCCAAGCCGCUUCCUCAGCCGCCCGAGCGCGCGAAGACAGAAGAAGAUAUAAAAGUUCUAGAAGGAUUCUACCAGUUUCUUCUUUACCAUGAACAGACUUGGAAAUUAAUAGGUAACAUUUUGCAUCAAAAUUUCUGAACAGUUUUUUCUUCUUAUCUCUGAGACUUUCUGUGGACAAUUAAUAGGAGGUUGAAUGUGUGCAUGGAUAAAAUGGAUCAUCUUAAAGGAUUGAAGUUCCAAAAAUACAUCAGCAGGACUGGAGAGGUUUGAUAUAAUGAGAUUUCUAUUUUAGCUUGACUCCUAGAACUCUGAAUAAACCAUAAACAGAACUACACGAUGUUCUAGAAAGGAAGUUUCUCUUCUAAAAUAUUCUAGUUACAUAUAACAUUUUUCUUCUUCAGAUCCUUUAGAAAAGUACAUUUAGUCAUCAAUCUCAUGAGGAAUAAGACAACUAGACACUUACCAACUUUUAACAUAUGAAGUUGGAUAGAAAGCAGCAGUCCGUAACAUACUGGAAAACAAACUUAAUUCAAGAAACAGACACCAGGAAGCAAGAGGAGAAAUCUCUACAUAAGCACUGGUUGAGAUGGCAGAAGCUUCUGCGGAUGCCUCAGCUCUGCCCUUAACAGUGAAGAAAAAGAAAAGCCUGUCCAUUGAGGAAAAGAUCGACAUCAUAAACGCAGUGGAAAGUGGCAAGAAAAAAGCAGAGAUUGCAGCUGAAUAUGGAAUAAAGAAAAAUUCAUUGUCUUCUAUUAUGAAGAAUAAAGACAAAGUUCUUGAAGCCUUUGAAUCGCUAAGAUUUGAUCCAAAGAGAAAAAGACUGAGAACUGCUUUUUACACAGAUCUGGAAGAGGCAUUAAUGAGGUGGUAUCGAAUUGCUCAGUGUCUAAAUGUUCCAGUUAAUGGUCCAAUGUUGCGACUGAAAGCUAACGAUUUUGCCCAGAAACUGGGUCAUAAUGAUUUUAAGUGCAGUAACGGUUGGCUGGAUCGUUUUAAAUCCAGGUAUGGUUUAGUAUUCAGAGCUCAACCUGUAGAAGCGACAGGUGCAUCAGUAGACCCUUCAACUGUCUGGUACCAAAAUGUACUUCCUUAUUAUUUAAAUGAUUAUCAUCCCAAAAAUGUUUUUAAUAUAAAAGAGACUGGUCUGCUUUAUAGAAUGUUACCUACAAAUACAUUUGCAUUUAAAGGAGAAACAUGCUCAAUUGGAAAGUUAUGCAAAGACAGAAUAACUCUGGUAGUUGGCACAAACAUGGAUGGCUCAGAGAAACUUCCUUUGCUUAUCAUUGGAAAAAACAGGAAUCCACGUUGUUUCAAAGGUAUAAAAUCACUGCCUGUGUAUUAUGAAGCUAACAGAAUGGCAUGGAUGACCUCAGAUGUCUUUGAACAAUGGAUGUGGAAACUUGAUGAGAAAUUUCAAGCCCAGCAGAGAAGAGUGGUGAUUUUUGUUGAGUCUUUUCCUGCACAUCCAGAGGUAAAGAACCUAAAGUCCAUUGAGUUAGCAUUCUUUCCAUCCUUUUUAUCCUCUAAAUGUAUAGCUAUGAAGCAGGGUGUUAUUAAAAGCCUUAAAAUCAAGUAUCGGCACUGUCUUAUCAUGAAAUUUUUAAGUUCUGUUGAAGGCAGCAAAGAAUUUACAUUUUCACUACUAGAUGCAGUUGAUACGUUGCAUCUUUGCUGGAGGGCUGUAACCUCAGAGACUAUUGUUAAAAGCUAUGAAGAGGCAGGUUUCAAAUCGCAAAAGGGAGAGGGUGACAUAACAAAUGCAGACAAGGACACCAGUCUUGAUUUGGUUGCCCAUGAGCUUGGGGCAGGAGUGGAAUUUCCAGAAGGUUUGUCUAUAGAAGAGUAUGCUGCUCUGGAUGAUGACUUGGAGACGUGUGAAGCAGCAUCAAAUGGCAACUCGGUAUGGACUAAAGAAAGUAAAUCAGAUGACACUGGAUUUUAUACAUCUGAUGAAGAGGAUGACAGUGGGUCUCUAGGAAAUGAACUCCCUUUACCAUCAAAAAAUGAGGCAAUAACUGCCCUAGAUACUCUUAAAAAAUUUCUUAGAAGUCAAGAUUUGAAUGAUGGACUUCAUAAUUCUUUAGCAGACCUAGAAAAUUUUAUUAACUCUUUAACAUAUAAAUAGUUAUUGUAUAUCUGAAGAGUAAUUGCUUUUCCUGAUAUUUUACUCUAUAAGGUAAGCAAAGGAGAACUACUACUUAAACAUCAAAAAAUGAAACACU